CCCGAUGGUCGGGCGUCGCAUCAACAACCGAUGGUCGGGCGUUGCAUCAACAACCGAUGGUCGGGCGGUUCGACAUCCGAUGGUUUCCCGGCGGUUCAACACCCGAUGGUCGGGUGUCGCAUGAACACCCGAUGGUCGGGCGUCGCACCAACAACCCAUGGUCGGGCGUUGCAUCAACACCCGAUGGUAGGGCGUCGCUUCGACACCCGAUGGUCGGGCGUCGCCUCGACACCCGAUCUUGCAGACGGUGCGACCAUCGGGUGUUGCCACGACACCUGAUGGUUUGCAGCACAUCGGGACCCGCUGCUCGGACAGAGAGGAGGCACGAAGUGUUUCUUGCUGUGCAACAUCGGGUGUCGCCGCGACGCACGAUGAUACAGACGGGGCGACCAUCGGGUGUCGCCGCGACGCCUGAUGACACAGACGGGGCGACCAUCGGGUGUCACCGAGGCACCCGAUGGUAUGCAGCGCAUCGCAACCCGCCGCUCGUGCAGAGAGGAGGCAUGAAAUGCUCCUUGCUGUGCAACAUCGGGCCUCUAGGCGACACCCGAUGGGCGUCCCGUCUGUGUCAUCGGGCGCCUCGGCGACACCCGAUGGUUGUCCCGUCUGUGUCAUCGGGCGCCACGGCGACACCCGACGGACGCCCCGUCAUUUGCAAUUGGGACCAAUGCUAUCUACUCUUUGCUUGCCCGCUUGGACUGCAGAGUGAUUUGCAAUUGGGACCAAUGCGCUACCUCGUCUUUGUCCGAACAGGGGGUCCCGAUGUGCUGUUCACCAUCGGGUGUCGCGAUGUGGUUCCUUCUUCGUCGCAGACGUCCACCCCCAAGGUGGUUGGCAGAGCGGCAUUGUUCUGUGGGAUGGAAUGGGCGCUUGACUGGUUCGGCGGGGUUAAGCAGCAGGGGUGUGGUCCCGUGAUAUUCAUGAAGGACGAUGGCGGACAUUUUUACGUGUGCGGUGGGAUCGACAGUUUUGGCGUCGACAAAUUUGCCGGCGAGGAGAGGUACUACGAUUUUCACUUGACCACAUGCUUCAAUAGUGGCGGCGUCGAACUGCCGGGGAAAUACAAGAAAGUGUCACUGCAUUUGUCGGGAUUUGCUGGCUACGGCAUGAAUGCUGUGGCGUUGCCUCCGUUUGAUAGGUCGAAGAAACAGAAGGUUGUCCAGAUGGUGGGACCGAUCGAGCUCCUGAAGAAAACGCCAUGCUAUAAAGUCACGGGCUUUAAGGUCAAGGUGGACAGCAACGUGCAUUUGUCGACACCGUUCGUGUUUGCGGACACUUUGAGGGAGGACGGGUUUCCCAAACCGGGGAACACAAAGGAAAAAUCGUCGAAGGCCGCCAAGGCACCGUCAGUCUUUUCUCGUCGGGCGCAGCAUCGGAAAAAGGCUUCACCGCGUAACAAGGACGAAGAGAAUGCUGAGUGGGACACCCGUGGGGUGCCGUCUUCCAACCACUGUCCCGAUGGGGAUGACGAGGUUGACGAACGUGAGGGGAAAUCGAGUGAACAGGGCGCCGAGGAAGGAAGUAUGCGGGGCGAUGCCACGGAAGGCGACGGUGAUGAGCGGGAGAGCGGCGAGGCCGCUGGGGACGACAGUGCAAGAGAGGACGAGGGGGGUGGAGACGAAGGGGAGAACGGCGAGGAGGAGGAGAACCCGGAAGGGGAGAGCAGCGAGGAGGAGGAAAAUCCGGGAGAUGCGGAAGAAAGAACUCCACACGGAAGCAAGAACAAAGGCAGAGACGAGGACAGUGACGAGGAAGAAAGCGGUGGGGAAACGGACCGGGACGUCGAAGUUGCCGGAACACAAGCAUCCGCGAACUCGCGCAAACGAAAAAUGUACAGUGAGCGACGUCGAGCGGAGAUACUUGGUUUGGGCGCGUCUCAUACCGCAUACGUGCAACAUUUAGAAAGACAAUUGGGGAAACCCGAGAAAGAGAGGCGUGAGCGGCCCGCGAAAAAUGCAAAGAAGAAAGUUAGAGUCGAAGGAACGAAAGAGGUUGCUGACUCUGGCGACGAGGGAGUUGGGGUUGACCCGAGAGACCACACCACGAAAGCCGGGAAGCUGGAGCCGCCCGCCUUCGACAUAACAACUUGUUUCUUCCUCGAGUACGACAAAGACGGGAAUGCAGUGCAACGACCUCAAGAGAUCUACGUGGACUGCACGAAGGUUUUGCCAAACCCCGUGGGAGACCCUGUGCAGUACAAUGUCAGACCGCUCAAUGAAAUGCUCGUCGUUUCCAUCAUGAGAGCAAUGGAACUGCAAGAGAAGAAGGGAGAGUGGGACAGGGCCACAUGGAUAUUGGCCCCUGUGACAGAAGUGGCUAUUCGUGGUCAAAAACAGUGGGUGCGUGUGAAACCUGAACAUUUCGACGCGGACGACAUGCACACGUACCAUUGGUAUGCGGUGGGUGGACAACACACGGCGGAGGCUUGUCGGCGACCGGUUGCGGCCAAUUCGCCGGCUGCGCAGAAGUGGGGUGUGCGUUCAUGGCGUGCACGUGCUGUGUAUUUCGAUGAUAACAAUCUCGACGGAUAUGCUCACGUUUCGACUUUCGAUAACACAAGGGAGACACGAGCUAUCCCGGAUUCCUUCCGUGUGUCGGUGAAAAAUAUCAGAGACUUGUGGGUUGACAUGGGGAUGCCUUCUGGCGAUUGGCAACACACACCGCCGGAAACGGAUAAGAAGACCUUGAGAGAUAACUAUCAGAAAUUCAUCCGCAGAGCCGUCCGGCUCACUGCUGACUCUUAACUGCGAGGGCAAACACUUAAGCCGGCCUACAACACGA